UCGUUCUAUCUAUUCUAUGUAUCUAUCGUUCUAUCUAUCUAUCGUUCUAUCUAUCGUUUUAUCAUUCUAUCUAACAUUCUUUCAUUCUGUCUAAUCUUCUAUCAUUCUAUUUUCGUUCUAUAUCGUUAUAUCAUUCUGUUUAUCUAUCUAUUGUUCUUAUCGUUCUAUCAUUCUACUGUAUCUAUCAUUCCAUCUAUUGUUCUAUCAUUCAUUUUACAUCAUACAGACAAAAUUGAGACAGGCUCUUUGAAGUUUCAUGAAAGGUUUUUCACAAAAUUAGUUCCUUUGCGUAGUUGUCGCUUUCAAGAACUCUAGAGCGCUACUUUCUCCCCAGUGAGGUCACACCACAUUCAGCGGCGGCCCCUCCCUCCAUCCUGGAGUUCUACGGUGACGUUACCAUGGCCCCGCCCCCAAUGCAAACUCAGUUCUUCGCGUUGAUUUCAUUCUUGCCCUCAUUCCGCGCAUACUUCACAUCGUUGUUAGAUACGCGGAAUAGUCGCGCUCUCGCGCUGCGACAACAAGAAAAAAAAAAGUGAUCAGCUGGAAAUAAAUCAGUGCACGCGCUCGAUCAGAUUGCUGUGCAUCGCACAUUUAAAAGACAAAUUGUGCAAAACAUCCGCAGAGAUUUUCUUCACUUCUGGAGGUCCAGAAUUUUUUCCUUCGAGCUGUGCCAACAAGUUACCCACAAUCUCGUUUUAACUUGUGCCUAGCGUUCCCCAGGCCCGGACUCGGAGGUCCCAGUCGUUGCCAUGGAUCCCAGCAGUUGGAGCGGCAGUGAAAGUGCCGGGGAGGAUAUCGAGAGGAUGAGUGACUCGGCAGAUAAGCCCAUGGACAACGACGCUGAGGGUGUGUGGAGCCCUGACAUUGAGCAGAGCUUCCAGGAGGCUUUGGCCAUCUACCCGCCCUGCGGCCGACGGAAAAUCAUCCUGUCCGAUGAGGGGAAAAUGUAUGGUCGUAACGAAUUAAUUGCCAGAUACAUCAAACUCAGGACAGGGAAGACACGGACAAGAAAGCAGGUCUCCAGUCAUAUCCAGGUUCUUGCCCGGCGGAAAUCCAGAGAAUUUCAUACCAAGCUAAAGGACCAGACUGUGAAAAAUGAUGCACUCAACAGGAUGGCAGCCAUGUCUUCAGCACAGAUCAUCUCGGCCACCGCCAUCCACAGCAGACUGGGUCUGGCGGGGCUCCCACGGCCCACCUUGACUGGGGCGGGAGGGUUUUGGCAGAUGUCAACAGGGCAGCCUGGUUCCUCGCAAGAUGUUAAACAUUUCCCACAGCAGAAUUACCCCAUCCAGACAGCCACAGCCAUUACAGCUUUCGAGUCCCCCACACCCCCAGCUGCUGCAGUGCCGGCGUGGCAGGGACGCUCUAUCGGCACCUCCAAACUGAGGCUUGUGGAGUUCGCCGCCUUCUUGGAGCAUCAGCGGGACCCAGAUUCAUACAACAAGCAUCUGUUUGUGCACAUCGGCCAGACAAAUUAUUCAUACAGUGAUGCGCUCCUUGAGACAGUGGAUAUACAUCAAAUCUACGAUAAAUUCCCUGAGAAAAAGGGGGGGCUAAAGGAGCUGUUUGGAAAAGGGCCUCAGAAUGCCUUCUUCCUGGUGAAGUUCUGGGCCGAUCUGAACUGUAACAUACAGGAGGAUUCUGGAGCGUUCUAUGGCGUGACUAGUCAGUAUGAGAGCUCAGAGAACAUGACCAUUACCUGCUCGACAAAGGUCUGCUCCUUCGGAAAACAAGUGGUUGAAAAAGUUGAGACGGAGUAUGCUCGGUUUGAUAAUGGCCGUUUUGUGUACAAAAUCAGCCGGUCGCCCAUGUGUGAAUACAUGAUCAACUUCAUCCAUAAACUAAAGCACCUGCCUGAGAAAUACAUGAUGAACAGUGUACUAGAGAACUUCACCAUACUAUUGGUGGUGUCGAACAGAGAAACACAAGAGACACUGCUGUGCAUGGCCUGCGUGUUUGAAGUAUCAAACAGCGAGCACGGCGCUCAGCAUCACAUCUACAGACUGGUCAAAGACUGAGACGCCACAUCUCGUACGACCAACACUAUGAACAGUCAGCCAGCUACACGCUGCCCACAGAGAGCGGAAAAAGAACUUGAGAACAGUGGCGACUUUAUAUUCACUGAGGUUUUUACUCGUGGCAACUACACAGCUGACAGCAGCCAAUGGCAGAAGAGCCUGUCUGACUAAGAAAAGCUUUUGAAUGUCUCACAAGCUCAUUUUAAAUGGCUGUGUCUCCGGCCGUCCCACCCAGAAGGCUUUCAGCAAAUUUUUUCUGGAAUUAAUAACUACAUUUAUUAUAUUUUUUUGUCAUUUGUGUUUUGGUGUUUAUUUUUCUUUUUAAUCUGUUGUGUGGGUAAACUGGCGGUACGGUCUUGUUACUUUGUUAGGAUGUCUGUGUUUAACCUGGUGGAUGUUUUAAAUCAACAUGUGUUUUGGAUGGACGUUGCCUAUAUAAAAUUGUAAUGGCAAAGUUUUUUUUUCACUGUCUUUUAUUCUCACACUGAACAGUAGAUUUCAAAGACUUUGCCCCCAGGUAUUUUUCACCUUUAGUGAAUUUAAUUAAUGAAAGAGCAUAAAAAGGUACUGUAUUAUUUAUGUGGAACUUACUGCUUUAUACACUGCACAGUCUGACCUACAAUUAAACAUACUAAAACACUAUACUUAGAUACAUGCAUUUUUUAAAAUAGAACCAUUUAGAAAACAGCUAAAAAUAAUUAAUUGAACAGAUUGCAGGAUAUAGAUAAAUCAAGCCAUUAAAGACAAACAAAUCUAAAUAAUUACCUUUGUUGUAUUGUUUGUAUAUCCAGUAGUCGUUUGAGGUGAUAAAAUUGUUUAUUUGUGAAUUUAAGAGCAUUUAGUUAAACUAGCACAUUUUUAUCCGAUAAAUUGUCUGUUCCUUCCCAUAUCAAAAGAUGCUACACAAGCAAAGGAUUUUACAUAGCAAAAUCACCAAAGCAUAAAAGAAUAUCGUGCCUUAGAAUUAGACAAAGUAUAAGGAUAAACACUGAGUAAAAGUAUGUGACCUCACUUUUGUUUGUAUUUUGUCCCAUAAAAAUGUUGACAGGUAUACCAUUUUUUUUUUCAAGCCAGUCUAAGCAAAGUAGGUCAUUAAUUUUUCUCUUUUCGUACACCAAAUAAAUACACUCUAUCACUUCUGUUCAUGCCAAGUGAAUGCUACAGGUGUUGAAAGUGCCUUGUGUGUUUGUUUGAUUUUCCAGCUUAGAAAAGAUUUGAAAUGUUGACACCAAAAAAAGUGAGUCAGAUUUGGAUCAAUCACCAUAAUGCCUUUGACAUUUGAAUUCUUUUGCAAGCUGGGAGAAAUGUGAUUCAUUCUAAAACUGGCUGACAGAAAAGUGUUGUCUCUCUUGUGCAUUUAGCAAUUUCGAUUUUUCUAUUUUUAUUUUGUGGACCAGUUAACAAGGCAACAUUGUUUGACAGGGGCAAAAGGCACAGUAUAAAACAAUAAAGGUUAAAAAUCAGGUACUCCUCUACCCUGUAAGGACAACAAUUCAUUUUAAUGUUAUGUAUAUAAGGAAUGGAUGAUAAGAUUUUAUGUACACAAAGGCAUCAUGUGAGGUGAAGUUACAAUGAAACAACCUGAAUAUCUGAAUGACAGUCCAGUGGUUAAAGGACUGUAUAUUUCAUAUUGCUCUGGGUAAAAUGACUCAUAAUCUGAAUUCAAUUGUUGAUCUCCGUUGUAUUCACCAAAUAAGAUUGUUGCAUAUUUUAUCUGAAAUCUAAACACCCGUGUUUAACCUGUUUUGAAGAGUAUCUGUUAGCAAAAUGAGCACUGAAACAGAACACUAAUGUUUUUGUCAAUUCUUUUGUCUGGAGAGCACUGAAGCAUUGAGUUGGGGUAGCUUUUUAAUAGGUGGAGACUUUUGUCAAAUAAUUGUUUCAAUUGUGUAAUGUUUACUUUUACGUUGGAGGGAUGAAACGAAAAGAAAAUGAAAAUAAACUUGUAGUGUUUGUACCGCA